AUGGCUUUCAAUAGAAGAGACGAUGAAAAGCGCAAAGUCUCAGAUGAUUGCAAUCAUCGCUGCGAUUCAUCAUCCUGUACUCUAUUAAUUGGGCAUUUUGCUGACUCUUGCCCAGAACCUGAAAGAUUAUGCUAUAACUGUAAGCAGCCUGGCCACGAGGCUAACCAAUGCCCUCAACCUAGGACUGCCGACGCCAAACAAUGUUAUUCUUGUGGUGGCGUUGGUCACCUUCAAGCUGACUGUCCCUCCGUUCGUGUAAAUGGUAGCGGCAGUGCUGGUGGUCGUUGUUACAAUUGCGGUCGUUUUGGUCAUUUGGCUCGUAAUUGCUCCACCAACAAUUAUCAUGGAGGACAUGGAGGAAACCGGGGUCAUCGUGGGUAUGGUGGGGGUCGUGUUAUUUGCUACAAAUGUGGCGGGUUCAACCAUUUCGCAAGAGAUUGCCAAGCAAAUGGUGUUAAAUGUUACAAUUGUGGACGUUUCGGUCAUAUCUCUCGUGACUGCCCUACCUCUCAAGGAUCAGGUGAUAAAUCUGUCAAGACAUGUUAUCGUUGUAGCGAACGCGGCCAUAUUUCCAAGGACUGUCCCAACAGCAUGCAAGCUAACUAG